AUGUUCUGUCAAAUACGCGGUUCAAAGUUUGUCCGUCUUAUUGACCCAAAGGAACGUGAAAGUCUCUACCUUUAUGAUGACUUGAUGAGGCAAAAUAGCAGUCAAGUCGAUGUUGAAAAUCCAGAUUUAAUUAAAUUUCCACUCUUUUCUAAUGUAAAAUGUUAUGAUAGUUUAGUGGAGGAAGGGCAAUGUUUGUUUAUACCAAAGGGCUGGUUUCAUCAUGUUCGGGGUAAAUUUAAAUAUUUCAGAAUUUAUAAAAAUAAAACUUGA